AACCCUGAUCGUUUCAUACAUGCAUUGCUUGCUGUUUGAAAUGUACGUCUUAUAUUUAUCAGUCAUCAGUUUUCGUAUGUAAAUACGUAUUGAAACGUUUUCAAGUUUUAGGUUAUUUUAUGUGUGAAACAUAAAAUGUGUACAAACGGCCAGAAACCUGUGUUUAGAGACCUCACUGCCGAGGACCCAGAACCGGAGGUUACAGAAAUUGAGUCUUUAUGCAUCAACUGCCACGCUAAUGGCAUCACCAGACUUCUGCUCACGCGGAUACCACACUACAAGAAUGUGGUGCUGAUGUCGUUCAGCUGCGAGGAGUGUGGGUACGAGAACAACGAGAUACAGCCGGGCGGAGCGUUCGCCGAGACUGGGGUGAGAUGGAAGCUGCGUGUGGAGGAUCAGGCCGACCUGAAUCGGCAGGUUGUGAAGAGCGACUACACCAGUGUCCGGAUACCAGAGCUUGACUUCGAGAUACCCGCGCAGAGUCAGAAAGGAGAGGUGACCACAGUGGAGGGCAUAGUGAGCAGGGCGAUAGCGGGGCUCACGCAGGACCAGCAGGCGAGGAGGGCGCAGCACCCGGCCGCCGCCGCGCAGAUCGACGGCUUCGUGGACAGGCUGCGCGGCCUCUGUGCCCUGCACGCGCCCUGGACGCUGCAGCUCGAGGAUUGCAGCGGUAACUGCUUUGUGGAGAAUCCGGUGGCGCCCCGCAAGGACCCCAACUGCGAAAGAACAGACUUCAAGCGGACCAAGGAAGAGGAUCAUGCGCUCGGCAUCUUCACGCCAGACGAGGUGUCUGAUGAUGCGGCCAAGCCGGCGCUGGCGGACGUGCUGCUGUCGCCCGCGGACCCGGAGCGCUGCUCGUACGAGGCGCUGGCGGCGGACGAGGUGCUGAGGUUCCGCACCAACUGCCCCGCCUGCAACGCGCCCGCAGACACCAACAUGAAGGUCACCAACAUUCCGUAUUUCAAGGAAGUAGUCAUUAUGGCCACGACAUGCGACGCUUGCGGCCAUCGGACCAAUGAAGUGAAGUCUGGAGGCGGUGUAGAGGACAAGGGUGUCAGAUUCGAAGUGAGGGUCGCGGGCAAACAGGACUUCUCCAGGGAUAUACUUAAAUCGGAGACGUGCACGCUGUCGAUCCCGGAGCUGGAGCUGGAGGUGGGCGGGCGCGCGCUGGGCGGCCGCUUCACGACGGCCGAGGGGCUGCUGCGCGCCGCCGCCGACCAGCUGGCCGCCUGCCCCGGCCUCGGCGGCGACGCGGCCACCGUCGACCCGGCCGGCUUCACCAGAUUUAUAGCCAAGCUGAAUGAGGUGCUGGAAGGUGGACGCACGGUGACCAUAGUGCUGGACGAUCCGGCCGGCAACUCGUACGUGCAGAGCUUGAGCGACGACCCGGCCGUGCCUGAUGACGGUCUGAAGAUAACCCGCUACGAACGCUCGUACGACCAGAAUGAUGAGCUGGGACUCAACGACAUGAAGACAGAGGACUACCAGGACACGUAGUAAGUCGCCGUUUACCAAAAUACAAUACAUGUACAUAACCAA